AUGGAGUUAUUCGAAGAACCAGCCAGAACACUGCACCACCCGAACCCUAUCUACGACACCAGGGGUCCGAAUCACGACGAGGGCAUGUUUGCGACGGUAGAUAUUGCCGGACACCAGGCUAUCUUCGCGGAAGUCCCUCUGAUCAGGGUUACUAAGCCGCGUGCCGAGGACUGGUCGGAUCCGGCACCAUCUCGAGCCAGGAGGCAAUAUUGUGACAGCACGAGAGAGCUUGAAAGCAACCAAUACUCUCCCCAGGAAGUCUUGGAUCGUGAGCGAUCCAGAGUCAAUGUGAUUUCGAUCUUUGAGUACAACAACGCCGAGAUUGAACAAGUCGAUGUUCCAGCAGAUUUUGGUCGAGUAGAUCGCGUAGAUCGCGCUGCUGCAGUGUUCCGGCUAUACAGCCGCAUAAACCAUUCUUGCACCCCCAACGCCAUAGGCAUUUGGCACCGCGGACGUCAAAUGGCUAUACUCCGCGCCCUACGAGACAUCAACGCGGGCGAAGAGAUCACGGUCGCAUAUAUUACCAACACGGUGGAACCUCGCCAGUCUCGCACCGUUUGGCACAAGUUCUGGCCGUUGGUAUGUCAUUGCUCAGCCUGCGAAGGGCCAGAAUUCAAAGACCACGAGUCUCGGCGACAAAAGCUCAAGGAUAUCAACGAUGCCCUUGGCAAAUACGAUAGAAAAGAGACCUAUCAUGCAACCGCCUUCCCCAGUGGCAUAUCUGUUCCCACUGAUGCCGGUACUGCAUUCAGACUCGCUAAAGUGUAUGUUGAUACGAUGAAGGAGGAAGACCUUGCGGAUGGCCAACUAUGUGUAGCGUAA